AUGUCGACUGAAGUCAAAACAAAGCGAACUGUGCAACCUAAAUACAUUACAAGUGAUUUUCAAAUGAGACCUUUAGGGUGUUUAAGGAAUAAACGGGAUUUAGACUCAGAAGAUGUUGAGGAUGUGGAUGGCAAGAUAGUUUACAAUGGCGACCAAGACGAAACCAGACCACCCAAUAAAAAGAUUAUUCAACUACCGAUGUUAAAAUUAAAUCUCGAAUCGUUGACAGGUUCAAGUAAUAACGAAGACAAUAUAGCACUUGAAAGUACAAGGAAAACACUUCGCACACUUAUCGAUGAUUGUAAACGUGAAUUACAAACAACGGAGAUUAAAAACUAUGAAUUUAUAUCACCUGUGAACAACUCUCAAAAUAACAACCCCGGGGAGGUGAAAUCAUAUAAUAAGCAUUCUGUUGAGAAAGUAAGACUACGAAAUAGACUUCCACCAUUAAAACGUAAGGAUAGUGAAGGAAAACAACGGAAACCUCUUGCUAAAACACCAGAUGCUAUUUGUUCGGUGGCUUUUACUAACCAGAUAUCAGAUACAGUUGGUCAGGAAUAUUUAGAUUAUUUGGAUGACAUUUCACCUCGCGAUGCCGACCAGGGUGACGAUCUCCCAGUAGCAAUCAUUCCAGAGACUAAUUCACCUACUGAGUUAUAUCCAGAAAUGGCCUCUUGGAAUAGUUACACUGAUAUCACACCAACCAGAAAGGGAUCUUACAAAGGUUGUUCUAAGCAUGAAUACUUGUUGAAGAAGCACAGAUUCCAACGUGAACUUAUGGAAGAAAGAAUUCGAGCUCGACAAGACGUGAAUUUAUCGUGGGUCAACAUCAAUCAUUCUGGAUAUAAAGCUAGCCCUAUUUACCGAUAUACCACUUACCAACAAAAACCCGUUACUGAACUUAGUCCUCAACCACAGCAACCGCCACCUUCCAAUGAUCACUGUCCAAUGUGUACAAUGUAUAGAUCUGAACGCAUCCCUACAGCCUGUCCUCCCAAUUCACCGAGAUGCCAUAUUGGAGUGUUAGGUCAGCACGAGGAAACUAUACAGGAAAUCGAAGAUGAAUAUACAGCAAGAUCAAUUGAUCAUUUCAACGAUGGUAACACAAUGGAACCAAUGUCAACAUACAAGUUGGCACAGAAACAAGGAUUUAGAGGCUCAAAACCUCCAAUAACAUUUAAAAUGGCCUUUUGUAAGUGA